AUGGGGCAAGUGGUGAGUUCUCAUUCCACUUCCAUUAAACAAAUUGAGUCACAACUAAGCCAAAUCUCGGCUCAACUCAAUCAAAGGCAAAAGGGCACACUCCCUAGUGACACGGUUGCAAAUACGGCAAAUGAUGAACACAAAUGCCUUGCAAUCGCUACUAAGAGUGGGAAAACAAUUGGGCAAGAAGAGUUGGUGAGGAAAAAGGGAUUGGUUGAUGAAGCGGAAAUUGUUGAAAAGCCAAUGGUCAAUGAAAAAGCAGUAGAGAUGAAAAAGAAGCGGGAUACUAUCGAGGAGCCCAUUGUUAUUGAACAUUUCCCUGAAAGCGAUGAAGUGCCGGAAGGUAAGAAAGUGGUAGAUGAGGUUCCUAAAGCUUUAAAGCCUAUUUCUAAACCUCCUCCUCCAUUUCCUCAAAGAUUGGCUAAGAAAGAGGAAGGUGGCAAAUUUCUCAAGUUCGUAGAGAAAUUGAAACAACUUUCAAUCAAUAUCCCAUUGGUGGAGGCACUUGAACAAAUGCCCGGUUAUGCAAAAUUUAUGAAAGAUCUUGUAACCAAGAGGAAGCAUUCUAGUUUUGAAACAAUGGGGGUUACACAUCAUUGUAGCUCUAUUGUGACAAAAGCUUUGAUUCAAAAGAAAGAAGACCCGGGAGCUUUCACCAUUCCUUGCACAAUUGGGAGAUACAAAUUUGCAAAGGCCUUAUGUGAUCUGGGAGCAAGCAUCAACUUGAUGCCUCUUGCUAUCUUUACGAAGAUGGAUUUGGGCAAUCCCCGACCCACUAUGAGGUUGCUAAUGGCGGAUAGAACCGUAAAUAAACCGGUGGAUAUUCUUUAUGAUGUGCUUGUGAAAGUUGACCGAUUCAUUUUUUCAGCCAACUUUGUGAUUUUAGAUUGUGAAGUUGAUUUCGAAGUGCCCAUAAUCUUGGGAAGGCCUUUCUUAGCUACGGGGCGUGCUCUUGUAAAUGUGGAGAAGGGUGAUUUAAAAUUUAGAAUGAAUGAUGAAGAGAUCACUUUCCAUAGUUGCAAAUCGAUGAUAACAACCGGCGGACAUGAGUGUCGUGUCGGUUAUUGA